AUGGAUCCAUUCUCAGCAGAAGGAGAGCUCAUCAACAUCCACAACGCCUUCCACCAAGGCCAAUACCAAGCCGUCCUAGACUUCAACACAUCCUCCUUCUCGCCGGAGAACGCCCUCCCCGCGCGCAUCUUCCAGCUCCGCGCCCAGCUCGCCCUCGGACACACUGAUGACGUCCUAGCCGACGUCGAAGGCGAUACCGAGGAGUCGCCCGAUCUGGCCGCCGUCAACGCCCUCGCGCAGUAUGUUGGAGGCAACGUCGAGGCUGCCACGCAAUUAGCCCAGGAUCUGGCGGAGAAUUACCCAGAUAAUGCUACAGUUCAGGUGUUAGGGGCUACGGUGUUGCAGGGUGCGGGGAGGAGCGAGGAGGCGUUGGCUUUGCUGGGGAAGCACCAGGGGAGCUUGGAGGCAGUCGCGUUGAUCGUCCAGAUCCACCUUCAGCAGAACCGGUCCGAUCUGGCGCUGAAGGAGGUUCAGGCUGCGAAGCGCUGGGCGCAGGAUUCCCUGCUGGUUAACCUUGCGGAGUCCUGGGUUGGGCUGAGAGUUGGCGGCGAGAAAUACCAAUCCGCAUUCUACGUCUACGAAGAACUCGCGUCAGCCGACAGCACUUCGGCGCCGCUUUCGGUUGUUGGGCAAGCCGUUGCAGAGAUUCAUCUCGGUCGGUUACCGGAGGCUGAGGCUGCGAUCUCUACUGCUCUCGAAAGAUACCCUAAUGACGUGGGGCUGAUUGCAAACUCGAUUGUGCUGAAUGUGCUGGCUGGAAAGCCGACGGAGGACUUGGAGAAGCGCCUCCAGGAGACCGAACCAUCGCAUGCUCUGCUGGCUGAUAUUCAUGAAAAGAGUGACUUUUUCGAUACCGCUGCUGCUAAAUACUCCGCGAAGGUUUCAUCAUAG